AGUUUUAGACGUAUUUAUGUAGGUGCCAUUAAGUCGAGAUUGCUACUUAUUUUUGUUUAUUGAUAAUUAUUCAAUUUGUAAGAAUAUAUUUACUAUAUUCCACGAUUUAUAAAAUGCUUUUAUAAAUCGUACAUAUUAUUUACUUGCAAAGGCGAAAUUCUGUCAUUUUAUUGAUUAUUCAUAUAAUUGUUACAUAAAAGACUGUUGUACGCAGUAUAGUCUUCAAUUAUGUGGACAGUUUAAUUAAUUUGCUAUCAAUCUGAAGGAACAAGAAGAGAGAUAACAUGUCUAAAGUACUCAUAAUAAGACAUCUUCCAGAGGCAUUGUCUUUUGAAGACAAGGAAAAGUUACUUAAACAUUUUGGUGCUCUAAAAGUUUGGGAAAAAGUAAAGAAACGUAAUUAUAUAUUCGCGUCUUUCGCUACUGUCGAAAAAGCAAAAUUAUCCUUGCAACGAUUGCACAUGCUAGAAAUUGCGCACCGACGCCUUGUGGUAGAAUAUUCUUUUGAAAAAGAACCAGUUACUGAAACUAAGAGUAAAGAUGACAAUAAUUCAACCAUUACAAAUCAGAUUAAAGAGUUUUUGCGAAUUAUCAAUGCUUGGAAUCCUUCACUCGACUUUUACCAGCCACCACCAGUACAUUUAAGAUAUUCAUACCCUAAAGUAAGCCCACAAGUCAUCAUUAAUAUAAUAUAUGAACUUUUUAUUCACAAACCCUUUUAUACUCAAACCCUACAUCUCAUGAACAAGAUGUCACUUAGCACUCCUUUUAAAGAAAAUGAUACAGCAGUUAAGUUUUUCAAAGAAAAUUUUAGAGAUUAUUUCAUAGACGAAAUGUCAAUAUUACCACCUGAGGAACCAAGUGAGCCGGAGUCUGAAAUUUCAAGUGGUGAUGACAUCCCAAAACAAUUAUUACCUUCAGUCGCAAAAAGGAAACAUACCUUACCAAAAACAAGGAAACGACCUGCGGCAGUCCUCUCAACAGCUUUAUUACCAAAACAAAAAACAGUCAAGCUCAAUCAAGAAGAAGUUUUUGAUGUUGUCAAUCCAGUGACAGAAACUAAAAAAAUAUCUCUAGUAGUAUCGCAAGAUGCUCUGCAGAAACAAGCUGAUGAACCAGAGGUUGUUGGUGAGUUAGGUAAAUUUCAAAAAGAAAAUCAACCUGCUGAUAUUCAGCAAAUUGCAGAAGAGCCAGAGCAACCGACUAUUACUAGACAAGAACUUUUGGCAAAUAGAAUAUCUUACAGUGAUAUGAAAAUUCUGCCCGUAUUUAAGAACUAUCAUCCCGGAGAACCAUCAAUGAGGUUGUAUAUAAAGAAUUUAGCUAAAACUGUCUCAGAGCAAGAUGUCAAAAGGAUAUAUAAGCGUUAUGUAGAACAUAUACCUGAAGAAGAACAGUUAGGUUUUGAUGUGAGAGUCAUGCAGGAAGGCAGAAUGAAAGGUCAAGCUUUUGUAACAUUUCCAUCAGUGAAAAUAGCAGAAGAAGCACUAAAUGAAACUAAUGGGUAUUUAUUGAGAGAAAAACCUAUGGUUGUACAAUUUGCUAGAGCUGCGACUAAGAAAACAAUAGAAUAAAAUGUUGUAAUGUUUAAGUGAAGUACUGUAGGCAUAAAACAUAUUCUUAUUAAGCCAAAAAUAAAAUUGUUGUUUAUUU